CCGCACACGUGACUAUAAGCCCCGCCUCCCCAAGAGCGGAAAAGUCCCUACGUACUUCGCCUGGAGCCGCUGCGUGACGUCACGGGCGGUUAGGUGAAUGAGAGGAAGAUGUCUGACUGGGAGGAAGACGAAGACAGCGGAGGCGCCGGGAGUGUACCGAGGGCCUCAGAGAGCGCGUCAUGGGCGCCGCCGGCCCGGAGUUGGAGUGAGCCAGCAUGGAGGAGGCCAGAACCUCGGAGAUGGAGCAGAGAGGAUGUCAGUAACCAGGGUUUCCGCUCCAACAGACAGGCGGGCAGAGGCGCCAUGGAGUUCAGGAGGAGCAGGGAGAGCGGGCAGGACGCCACGUCUAAUCCCAUGUGUUUCCGCCUUGACAGCUCGGUGAUCGGACAAGUGAUCGGGCGAGGAGGUGCUAAAAUCAGGGAGCUAGAAGAGGCAUCUAGUGCAAGGAUACAGAUUGUGAAGGAAGAGUACGAUUCACUAGUAAAAAUACUUGGAAAUAGUGAACAACAAAUCAAAGCCAAAGCAUUGAUUGAUGAAAUUGUAGAGAGAAGUGAUAGACCAGAGAAGGGAUGGGGGUACAAGGACAGUUACUCCUCUAGUGCUGUCGAGGGUAAAGAUGAAGAACGACCUGCAAUAAACUGGACUUUACUUCGGGAAAAUAAAGAUAAAUAUGAAGCAAUGAAAUGGGCAGAUAUGCUUCCAAUUCAGAAGGCUUUCUACAAGGAAGCAGCAAGUGUUGCAUCAAUGUCUGAAGAGGAGGUAACAGCUUGGAGGAAGGAUAACAAUAACAUUAUUUGUGAUGACUUAAAGGAAGGACAAAAGAGACACAUUCCCAAUCCUGUACGUAAUUUUGAAGAAGCAUUUCAACCAUUUCCAGAAGUAAUGGCUGCACUAGAACAUGCUGGGUUUGAGAGACCUACACCAAUUCAGUCUCAGGCAUGGCCCAUCAUCCUUCAAGGAAUAGAUCUGAUUGGGAUUGCACAAACAGGCACUGGAAAAACACUAGCAUAUUUAUUGCCAGGAUUCAUACACUUAGAUCUACAACCAGUUCCCAGACAUGAACGUGAAGGACCUGGAAUGUUGGUUCUUGCACCAACACGAGAGUUAGCUCUUCAAGUGAAAGCAGAGUGUUCGAAAUACAGAUAUAAAGGGUUUGAAAGCAUUUGCAUUUAUGGUGGUGGUGAUCGUAAGAGCCAAAUAAAUGUGGUUUCAAAAGGAGUGGAUAUUGUGAUUGCUACUCCAGGGAGACUACAUGAUUUGCAGAUGAACAACUUUGUUACUCUUAAAAGUAUAACCUACUUGGUUUUAGAUGAAGCAGAUAGAAUGCUGGAUAUGGGGUUUGAACCACAAAUUAUGAAAAUACUUAUUGACAUUCGUCCUGAUAGGCAAACCGUAAUGACUAGUGCCACAUGGCCAGAAGGAGUCCGUCGUUUGUCCAAAUCUUAUUUGAAAGACCCAAUGAUGGUAUACGUGGGGACUCUGGAUUUAGCUGCUGUUAAUACAGUAGAUCAGCAAGUCCUAAUUAUUGCAGAAGAGGAGAAAAGAGCAUUCACUCUCAAUUUCAUUGAUUCCUUAAAACCUGAUGAUAAAGUCAUUAUAUUUGUGGGAAAGAAACUGAUCGCUGAUGAUUUAGCAAGUGACUUUAGCCUUCAGGGAAUCCCUGUGCAGGCUUUACACGGUAAUAGAGAGCAAUGUGAUCGAGAACAAGCUUUGGAUGAUUUCAAAAAGGGCAACGUAAGAAUAUUAAUAGCAACAGAUUUAGCUUCUCGUGGAUUGGAUGUGCAUGAUAUAACCCAUGUUUUCAACUUUGAUUUUCCACGUAAUAUUGAAGAGUAUGUCCACAGAGUUGGUCGGACUGGACGAGCUGGUCGCUCAGGUAUAUCUGUAACAUUGGUGUCGAGAAAAGACUGGAGAGUUGCAGGAGAACUGAUAACCAUUUUGGAACGUGCAAACCAAGAAGUUCCACAGGAGCUUAUAGAUAUGGCUGAGAGGUAUAAGCAUUUUAAGGAGAAGAAAGACAGCGAAAGAGACCUGAUUCCCCGUAAAGGCAGAUGGCGUGACAACUAAUGGUCAGGACAUUAUACCCCCAAAAGAUCUGUCUCUCUUACAUCUAGAUGUAAAUCCUGUUUGGACUCAGGCCUUUUAUCCAACCUCUUUCUAACCAGAAACUGGAAUUGAAAACUGAUUGGAUGACAGGCAAUAAAGUUCUGCCAAGAAGCAUUUUUUGUUUUAUGUUCACUCUUCAAGGCAGGUUGACAGAAGGUUGCCGCUUUUGGUGAGAUGAGUAACUAAUAGGAGUGUUAAAAUUGGUCAUUAUUGAUAUUCUGCUCAUCUAUAUAAUCAGAAUUUCACAAAAAAUUGGCAUGUAUAAGGAAAUCAGAAGUUAGAGCCAGAACUUUGGUAACUGUUAACUUUUUCUAUUUACCUGUCCUGGCUAUUUUUGCAAAAGUAACCAAAAGAACAGUCAUAUUGGCUGUAAAUUGUCAGUGUGUUAACUGACUAAUGACAGGUCAUCUCUUCUUUUUACAUAGUCAGGAUGAAUUCUACCUGACACAGCUGCCAUCACAGGUAACGCCACCUUUUUUCCUUCAGUCUUGUAGCUUAUAUCGCUGUUGAUAAACUUCUAGCACUAUUAGCAGAAUUAUAACCUUCAUGACGGAGGAAAAUAGGAUGUGUUACAUGUGAUGGUAGUUGUCAGGAAGAGUUCCACCUGAUUAUGUAAUAUUAGGGGUGUUCUAGUUAUUUUGUCCGUUCCCUAUAUGCAAAAAUGGAACAAACCAAAAAAGGCAAUUACCAAACGUUGGUUAUUGCUUUGUCUUGUGUUUUAGCAACGUAUGGACAACUUUCUGUUUGGGGUGUUAAUCCUUUCUUAAUUUCAAAUGUUUGGUUUGCAAGUAAAAUUACUAUUAGUCAGCCUUUUUCUCAAAAAUUUGGUGGAAUUCUAUCAAAUGCAUAUUGAGAUUUAAAGACUCCAUCUCCUGAAUAAAUAAUUCUGUGCCAUAAUGCUUUUGGAGAGCAUUGUAUAUAAUAUCUGUUAAAAAUAAGGUGUUGGAACAGUAGUUGAUCCCAGUUAACCGGACAGCAGUAUGCUGCCAACAUUGAGAUAGUCCUUUAAGGAUCAUAGGCUAACAUAGUCAAUGCUUGUCUUUCCUUCCUACGGUGUGAUGGUGUACUAAUAUAGAAUUUAAAGUAAAUUAGUAACUAUAAUUCUCGCAACCAUACAGAUACAGAAAUACUACAGAAGUGAAGAGUCCAAUCUCAAUAGAACUGACUCUUCAUGGUCUGCUUGAAUAGCUUGAAUACAUUUAAUAUUGACAGCCAGUUUACUGAAGACAGCAUUUUGUAGCGGUGUGCGCUGAAUAUAUUGGCUUUCUUUGUGAUUCUUUAUACAAUACUGCUACUUGUGGUUUACACAGGCAUAUUGUAAGAACAAGUUACAAAUUAUUCCUAGGCUUACACAUUUUUGAGGAUUCCUAUUAAGGGUACAUUCACACAUACUGUAUUUGCUGUGGAAUUGAUGCUGUUAAAUCAAUAUAAAUAGUUCAACGCCACAGCAGAUAUGGUAGGUGGAAAUGUACCCUAAGGAGUUUUUAUUUAUUGUAAAUGUGCAGUUUAAAAGAAAUUUACAUAACUCUUUAAAGAUGGCUCUGCUUUUAUUAUAAAGAUUGUUAUAUGAAACAACCUGUUUUGACUAUCCAUUUUUCACAAAAAAAAAAAAAAUAAUAAUAAUAAUCUUCACAGUAAUUAAACAGGUCAGUAGAAAGUUGAUAUACCAUACUUUGUUUUACAACGACAUGUAAAAAAAAAAAAGUAAAUAAAGUUUGUUACAUCUGGA